AUACUACUACAUAUUUUUGGUAUCAUGUGAUGACUACUAGAUUGAGUCAUAUGCAACAGGUUUAGUUUCUGUUUUCUGGGGAUUUCAACCUGUUUUGACGCCAGUUCUGUGGGUUUUACUUGCAGAUGAAUUCUGAACGUCCUCUCCGAUCGGUGGUUGAGGACAUCGUGCCUCCGCCUGACGUAACGUUCGCCCCUCAGCGCACCGACCUGACCGGCCCGCGGUCGCCGACAAGGGGGAUGGGUGGGAGGGAGAGCCAGCCUCUGCUCGGUCGCGAUCAUGAACAUCACGAUUUUGAGAACCAUUUUCCUGACGACCCCGUCUUCAUGGACGUUAUACGUUCCGCAGACGUUGCGAUAGAGAACGGCAUUUAUCCCGAGAUCAUCUACCAGGGCUCCAGUGGUAGCUAUUUUGUGAAGAACGCAGAAGGGAAAAAGAUCGGAGUGUUCAAGCCCAAGAACGAGGAACCCUACGGACACCUGAACCCCAAGUGGACCAAGUGGAUGCAGAAGAUCUGCUGUCCGUGUUGUUUCGGGCGCAGCUGCCUGGUGCUGAACCAGGGCUACCUGUCCGAGGCCGGCGCCAGUCUGGUCGAUCUCAAGCUACAGCUGAAUGUUGUCCCUAAAACUAGGGUGGUCAAGCUGGCCAGCGAGACAUUCAAUUACAACGCCGCUGACCGAGCAAUUUCCCGGACAAAGAAAUCCCUCUCGGAGCGCUUCCCAGACAAGAUUGGGCGACACAUCCACAGAGUGGGCCUGCCCCCCAAGGUGGGGUCAUUCCAGAUGUACGUGGAUGGGUACAGAGAUGCGUACUACUGGCUAGGGAAGUUUGAGACAGAGCCCCUCCCCGAGCCCAUCAGUACUCAGUUCCAGUUCCAGUUUGAGAGACUGGUGGUGUUGGACUACAUCAUCAGAAACACAGACAGAGGAAAUGACAACUGGCUGAUCAAGUAUGAUGUAGAAGAAGGAGAAAAGCCUGAGACUCCUGAGCGAGACUGGACCAUGGUGGAACAGCCCAAAAUCAAGAUUGCUGCUAUUGACAACGGCCUGGCCUUCCCCUUCAAACACCCUGACUCAUGGAGGGCAUACCCGUACUACUGGGCAUGGCUGCCACAGGCCAAGAUUCCCUUCUCAACAGAGAUCAAAGACCUGAUCCUCCCUCAGCUGUCAGACAUGAACUUUGUACAGGAGCUGUGCGAGGACCUGUAUGAGCUGUUCAGGAAAGACAAGGGUUUUGACAAGAGUAAGUUUGAGAAGCAGAUGUCUGUCAUGAGAGGACAGAUUUUGAACUUGACGCAGGCCCUGCGUGACGGGAAGAGUCCACUGCAGCUGGUCCAAAUGCCGCUGGUCAUCGUGGAGAGAGGCAAGCCUGGAAGCGGGCCGUUUGCAGAGAGAGUCAAGACAAUCGGAGACACCUUCACUCAGAGCUUCCAGGAGCGAAGACCCUUCUUCUCCUGGUGUUAGACUGCCCCUCUAUUUAUAACAUGUCAAUGAGUCUGUAUUCAAUACAUAAAAGUCUGGUUGUUGGUCAUCUGUGGAUUCAAGCAGCUCAAAUCACAAAGUGUUAUGACUGGGAUAUACCAGCAUUACGCUUCUGUUGUGAACAGUCUUUUAAAUUGGUGACUGAUUAUUUGGAACUUUCUGUCUGUCACAAAGAUGGAAAUACGGAUGUAGGACAGCUUUGGCAAGUUACCAUCCUGUUGGAAUUUGUUGCAAACUUAAUUGUGGGUGUCAUCUUGAUAUACAUGCACUUUUGUUCCAUGGGAGAACAAAAUGCUGGCUAAUGAAUUGCUAAAUAAAAUGAGGGGAAGUCUUAUCCAGUCUCCUGUAAGAUGUGUUCUGGAAAAAAUGCCCUUCCGAAUGUGUGACGCCAAAAGAGGCCUUGCUAGGAUUGUCCAGAGAUUUUGUACUGUAGUAUGUAAUUGUAGAGGUAUUACAGUAGCAAGGGUAGAAUGUAGAAUGUGCAAUGGUAUCAUGGAAGCCACUCUGAACUCCUAAAAAUUUGCUUUGUCAGUCAAUAGUACAAUAUUUUAAUUGUGUAUUGUGUGAAAUACAGGUAUAUGAAACUUUAGCUGCUGAAAAGAAUACCUCAAUUUUGCUUUUCUGUCAGUAUUAUGAGUUAGCAAUGAAGAAACAGGAAGAGUGUAUAACGGUAUUGGUACUUUUCUUCUCCUUAUUUCUAGUUUUGCAUACAACCUCAUUCUUUAUACAUAUCUCUUAGUAAAAUGAUUGAUUAAAUGUAAGAUAAUUUCCUUUCCAGUCAGGUCCUUUUGGACAUGUUUGAAAUACUAGUAUAGAGUGGCAAUACCAAAAUUCAACCCUUCUGAUGAUAGUGGGACCAGGGUUUCCAUUACUGUUUUUUUAUCAAUCCCUUGGUAAACUAGAAUAUACCAUUUGGCCCACCGUACCUGCUUUGAUAUUACAUGUACUAGAUGUUGUACUGAGGUUUGUAUGGCAGAGUAAGUACCGGUAUGUCAUUGUUCAUUGCACCAAUUUUCCCUUUUUUUCAACUGGGUAUUGAUGAUAUUAAAGCAUGUAUCUAAUUACAUGUACAUGCGUUGGAAUGCUGCAUGUAGUUGUAUAGAGUAUACUGUGAGUGCAAUAACUGAGGAAUAGGGCUACGAAUUCUCAUAUGAGUUGUACUGAAGACAAUAUUGAAUUUGUUGGAUAAUCAGUACAAUAAUAGAGUCACUGACUCACUGCUAUGGUGAAGUUUUAAAGUUUUUGUUCUCAAUAUUAUGUAUUAUCCUUGAAGUACUAGUAUAUAUGCUGAGGUAGAAAAGGUUUUCGAUGCUGUGUACAGAUUUGUAAUUACAUGUAUUUGUAUAUAAAUAUCAGGAGCAUCAUUUAAUGCUGAACCAGGAAGGGAUCAUAUAGGGAGGGAGAUGGCCCUAUGUUGUGA